CACCUGGACAGCGACCCUUUCGGAGGCCUUGUUUCAAAUUGGAUAUAUGCACUCUAACAAUGCAAACAGAGGAAACACACCAACAUAUUUUGGAACAAUGCAAUGUGAAUACUUGUUCUAACAACCCAGCGCUCUUUGUCAAGGAAGGUCCGUUGUUGCUGGGUGAUAGUGGUUGAAUUGCGCACCAGCUCGAAGAGCAUUUGCUUGAUAGCAGCCCCAGUACUGCUGCUCAUAUAACCGUAACUGUGCUACCGCCUUGUGGGUUGCCUCCGCGAAGGGAGGGGUGUGAUAGCCUACCAGACGUACAGUGGAAGAGAAAAUAUCCACGAUCGCCUUUGUUGACGGCGCUUUGAAAGAGAAGAUGUGGCGCUUCCCCAUACCUGGGGUAACGUUAUUGCUGUGGAUACUUGGAGUCCUCGGCAACCUAAGCACCGCGCGCUCAGCAUCCCAAAAAUGUGACGAGGUGUUGGCCACCCCGCUACCGUACAGUGCGUUCACGGGGUCCUCGGUGCUGUCUGGUGACUAUGGGGCCGGCUAUGCCAAACUCAACAGGAGAGGAGGAGCUGGGGGCUGGUCGCCGCAGGACUCGGACCGGUACCAGUGGCUCCAAGUGGACCUCCGGGGCAGGAAACAGAUCACUGCCAUAGCAACGCAGGGCCGAUACAGCAGUUCUGAUUGGACGAAGCAGUACAGGUUCCUGUAUAGUGACACAGGGAGCAACUGGAGGGCCUACCGGCAGGACGGCACCAUAUGGACGUUUUCUGGAAACUGGAACUCCGAGAAGGUGGUGAGGCACAACCUCCAGUAUUCCAUCGUGGCACGGUAUCUCCGCUUCAUCCCGUUAGAGUGGAGUGAGGAGGGACGAGUAGGGCUGCGCGUGGAGGUCUACGGCUGUGCUUACUGGUCUGACGUGAUCAGCUUUGAUGGCCAGGGAGUAAUGUCCUACCGCUUCCGGGCGAAGAAGAUGCGCAUCCUGAAGGACCUGAUCUCCCUGAAGUUUAAGACGACCAAAGGGGACGGAAUUCUCCUGCACGGAGAAGGACAGCAAGGGGACUACAUCUCCCUGGAACUCCAAAGGGCCAAGCUGUGGCUCCAGAUCAACCUAGGAAGUAAUCAGUAUGGCUCUAUCCAGGGCCACACAGCUGUGUCCAGUGGUAGUCUCCUUGACGAUGACCACUGGCACAGCGUGGUGAUACAACGUUAUCGUCGGAGUGUCAACUUCACCCUGGACCAGCACAUACACAGCUUCCGAACCAAUGGAGAGUUCGAUCAUCUCGACCUAGAUUACGAAAUCAGCUUUGGAGGCAUGGCGGUGUCCAGUAAGCCAAACUCUGGAGGCAGAGAGAACUUUGUAGGCUGCAUGGAGGGCAUUGUUUACAAUGGAGACAAUAUCACUAGCCUGGUCCGCAGGAAGAAACUGGACACAUCCAGCUUUCGCAAUCUGACGUUCUCCUGCGCAGAGUCGCACAUGUUCCCCGUGUUCUUCAACGCCACCAGUUUCGUGUUGCUGCCGGGGCGGAGCGAUGCGGACACGAUGUCGGUGAGCCUGAUGUUCCGCACGUGGAACCCCAAUGGGCUGCUGCUGUUCUCACCGCUGGUCUACGGAGGGGUGGAGAUCAGCCUGAUGGACGGGAAGGUCACUGUGCACAUCUACGUCUCUCAGAAACAGAGCACACGCGUGGACAUAUCCUCUGGGUCUGGGCUCAAUGAUGGUCAAUGGCACAGCGUCCACUUCCUGGCCCUGGAGAGCUUUGCCAUGCUGACCAUCAACGGCGAUGAGAUGUCCUCAGUGCGGGCGGCCCUUCCUAUCAUGAUCAGGACGGGAGGCUCCUACUACUUUGGCGGCUACUUCCCCCGGACCAACCUGUCCCCCACGCAGAGGUCCUUCCAGGGAUGCAUGCAGCUGAUCCACGUCGACGAGCAGCUGGUGGACCUGCAGGCGGUGGAGAAGGGCUCGCUGGGGACCUUCGAGAAUGUCAGCCUCGACAUGUGUGCCAUCAUAGACCGGUGUGUGCCCAAUCACUGUGAGCAUGGUGGCCGCUGCUCUCAGACGUGGAACUCCUUCAGCUGUGCCUGUGAGGGGACGGGCUACACCGGGGCCACCUGCCACACCUCUGUGUACGAGCAGUCUUGUGAGGAAUACAAGCACCUGGGGAGGACGUCCGACACGUACUGGAUCGACCCAGAUGGCAGCGGGCCUCUGGAGCCGUUUAAAGUCAACUGUAUCAUGACGGAGGAUAAAGUGUGGACAACGGUGGCCAAUGACCUGCCUGCCCAGAGUCCUGUGAGUGCAGAGUUGGAGGCAGCCACUGUGCUGGAUCUCAACUACAGCAUGUCAACUGAACAGAUUAAUGCUAUCACCAGCAGUGCAGAACACUGUGAGCAAUACUUGGCCUAUGCCUGCCGCAUGUCACGUCUACUCAACACACCAGCAGAGGGGCCUCCAUUCACCUGGUGGCUGGGCAGAGGCAAUGAAAAGCACACCUACUGGGGGGGCUCAGGGCCGGGUGUCCAGAAAUGUGCCUGUGGGAUCGAACGCAACUGCACUGAGCCCAGCCACUACUGCAACUGUGAUGCAGACCAGAGGCAGUGGAGAGAAGAUUCUGGAAUUCUCAUGUAUAAGGAUCACUUGCCCGUCAGUCAGGUGGUGGUCGGGGAUGUGCGCCGGUCCGGCUCUGAGGCCCGGCUCACUGUGGGGCCUUUACGUUGUCAGGGAGAUCGUAACUACUGGAACGCUGCCUCCUUCAACACACCGGCGUCCUACCUGCACUUCCCCACCUUCUCAGGGGAGACCAGUGCAGACAUCUCCUUCUAUUUUAAGACCUCGUCCACUUACGGCGUCUUUCUGGAGAACCUGGGCAACACUGACUUCAUCCGCCUGGAGCUCAAAUCACCCACGACUGUCUCGUUCUCCUUCGACGUGGGCAACGGGCCGGUGGAGCUGACCGUGAACUCGGCCGGGCCACUCAACGACGACCAGUGGCACAGGGUGGAGGCCGAGCGCAACGUCAAGGAGGCGGUGCUACAGCUGGACGGACGGCACAGGGAGGUGCGCCUGGCUCCACCCCAGGGACACACCCGCCUCCAGCUCUUCAGCCAGCUCUUCGUGGGUGCAUCAGGGGGUCAAAGAGGUUUCCUAGGAUGCAUUCGAUCCCUGAAGAUGAAUGGUGUGACCCUUGACCUUGAGGGGAGGGCUGAGGUCACACCGGGGGUGAAGCCUGGCUGUUCGGGACACUGCAGCAGUUACGGCAUGCACUGCCAGAAUGGGGGAAAGUGCCUGGAGAAGUACAACGGCUACUCCUGUGACUGCUCCCUCACCGCAUUUGAUGGCCCUUUCUGCACUGAAGAUGUUGGUGGCUACUUCGAAACAGGUACUGUGGUCCGUUACGACCUGAUGUCCGACUCUGGGGCUUCUUCUCUGAGGGAAGGCAGGGGAUCCCUGUCUCCGCUGACCGCCGAGGCCAACCUGACCCAGGAGGAGCUCACCUUCAGCUUCAGCACCUCCAACUCCCCCAGCGUGCUCAUCUACGUCAGCUCCAGGACACAGGACUAUCUGGCCGUGGUGCUGCGCCACAACGGUACCCUUCAGAUCCGUUAUAACCUUGGGGGACUUAGGGAGCCUUUCACCAUCAGUCUGGACCAGCGGAACAUGGCCAACGGGCAGCCCCACAGCGUCAACAUCUCCAGACAGGACAGGGUCAUCCACCUACAGCUGGAUCACUAUCCAUCAGUGAGUUACAUCUUACCAGAAGCCUCAGACACAGAGUUCAAUCUUGUCAAGACAAUAUUCCUUGGAAAGGUUUUCGAGACGGGUCAGAUCGACCCUGUGAUCAUCGAGAAGUACAACACCCCGGGCUUCAUGGGCUGUCUCUCCCGAGUGCAGUUCAACCGCAUCGCCCCUCUGAAGGCAGCACUGCGAUCAGGCAUCUCCUCGACCGCCUCAGUGCAGGGGGUCCUCGUGGAGUCUAACUGUGGGGCGUCUCCUCUCACUAUUUCACCCAUGUCUGCUGCCUUCGACCCCUGGCACCCAGAAUCAGCUGGUGCCCAGUUCCCUUUCAAUGAAGAGAGGGUGGGCCGAGAUGGGCUGAAUCGUGACUCUGCGAUCAUUGGGGGUAUCAUCGCCGUGGUGAUCUUCACCAUCUUAUGCACCCUGGUGUUCCUGGUCCGCCACAUGUUCCGCCACAAGGGCUCCUACCAUACCAACGAGGCCAAAGGAGCCGAAUCGGCGGACUGUGCCGACGCAGCCAUCAUAGUCAACGACCCCGCCUUCACAGAGACUAUUGAGGAGAGCAAGAAAGAAUGGUUCAUCUAGGCAGAGGUUUCUGGAGUUUCUGAGCAGAGCUGGACUGCCCACAAGGGCAGGCCUAAUAAUAAAGUCUACUCAAUGAA